AUGACGCAUUCUGUCUAUUGCCCCGUACAGGGACCUCCUGGGGAGAAGGGAGAGACAGGAGCGGACGGGGACGGAGGAGGUUCCGUGUACAUCCGCUGGGGAAGGACCACCUGUCCGAAUGACACCGAGACGUCACUCGUUUACGACGGUAUCGCUGGAGGCGCACACUACUCUCACAGCGGGGGAGGCGCCAACUACGUCUGCCUAACGAAGGAUCCUGAGUGGGGGGUCUUCACGGAUGGAAACCAGGGUAGUGCGUACAUGUAUGGCGCGGAGUAUCAAGUCGACGAAUUUGGAAACAACCCCUUCCAAGGCGCCUCCGUCUAUGACCACGACGUCCCCUGCGCUGUCUGCCACGUGGCGUCUCGCGGCUCCAAGCUGAUGAUCCCCGCCCGCCUCAGCUGUCCUAGCGGCUGGACUCGGGAGUACAAGGGGUACCUAAUGACAAUGCAUUAUAAUUACCACCGCACUGAGUUUGUCUGCAUGGACGGGGAGCCCGAGACCAGGCCCGGCGGACACGUAAACGUGAACGGCGCUCUGUUCUACCCGGUAGAAGCCAGCUGCGGGUCCCUGCCGUGUCCCAGCUACGUGCAGGGCCGUGAGCUGACCUGUGUGGUCUGCACCAAGUAACGCUCGCGUCUUCUACAACCCAGCUAGUUCACUAGAAUAAAAGGGACUGAGACGAAGGCAGAGCAGAGUAGUAGUACAA